UUGUCAGGUUGUACGUUAUAUCAACACUAACUUCUCUAAAACCUACAAUUAUGGAUCAAGUAGACGUAGCCGUAAAAGAAAUUAAGAGCCCAUGGGGGACUGUAAAUGUUUCAUCCUCCACAUGUUCUUUGACAGAUGUAAUGAGUGAGCAGCUAGCUAAGCAGCUUCAUGAGGAAUGUAACUCUUUCACCAACUGCCACAAUGUGGACCUGCCCAGUAUACAGCAGAAUACUGAUACUUCCAGUGACCUGAUACUGGCAGAAAUGCUUCAGAUGGAGUUUGACAGAGAGUUUGACGUACAGUUGCGCAGAGAAGAAAAGAAGUUUAAUGGCGAGAGCAAAGUCUCCAUUUCCUUUGAGAACUACCGCAUGAUUCACCCUUUCGAGGAAAGUGACAGUUCUGCAGAAGAAGUAGACUGGCAAGACACACGGCAUGAUCCUUAUCGCCUUGAAAAGCCAACCAUUACACCAAAAAAAGGUUUUGCUGGAAAGGGCAAAAACAUUACCACAAAACAUGAUGAGGAGGUUUGUGGACGAAAAAACACUGCACGUAUGGACAAUUUUGCUCCAGAGGUGCAUGUAGGAGAUGGAAUUAGCAUGGACCUCAAACUAUCAAAUCAUGUGUACAAUGCUCUUAAAAGGCACUGCCAAACCGAGCAGAGACGCAGUGCCCGAUUGCAUGAAAGGAAGGAGCACUCAACUGCUGAGCAAGCUGUUGAUUCCAGGACACGAUUGCUUAUGUACAAGAUGGUGAAUGCAGGAAUCCUGGAAAACAUCAAUGGUUCUGUCAGCACAGGAAAAGAAUCUGUGGUCUUUCAUGCUGAUGGAGGGAGCUUUGGGGAGAUGGUCAUUCCUGAGGAGUGUGUCCUUAAGGUCUUCAAAACUACUUUGAAUGAAUUUAAAAACCGGGACAAAUACAUUAAGGAUGAUUAUCGAUUUAAAGAUCGCUUUAGCAAGCUAAAUCCUCGUAAGGUUAUUCGUCUGUGGGCUGAAAAGGAGAUGCACAACCUGACCAGGAUGAGGAAUGCUGGCAUUCCAUGCCCAGAGGUAGUAAUUCUAAAGAAGCACAUUCUUGUCAUGUCCUUUAUUGGUCAGAAUCAAGUGCCUGCUCCAAAGCUGAAGGAUGCAGUGCUUAAUUCAGAGGAGCUGAAGAAAGCUUAUUACCAAGUGUUACAGAUGAUGCAGCAGCUGUUUCAGCAGUGUAAUCUUGUUCAUGCUGACUUGAGUGAAUAUAAUAUGCUCUGGCAUGAUGGACAGGUCUGGUUAAUCGAUGUUAGCCAGUCUGUUGAGCCAACUCACCCUCAUGGUCUAGAGUUUCUGUUUCGGGACUGCCGAAAUGUAGCCACAUUUUUUAAGAAAGCUGGGGUGUCGGAAGCCAUGCAUGAGUAUGACCUCUUCAACACUGUGUCUGGGAUGCAAAUCAGCAGUGACAAUGAAACAGACUUCCUAGCUCAGAUUGAAGCUUUGGAAAAGAUGAAUGAGGACCAUGUGCAAAAGCGAAGCAAGAAAGCCUUUACCAACACUUCUGAGGAUGGCCCACCACUGUUAAAUGAGGAUGAAUAACAAUGAUAUAACAACAUUUUAGUAUAGAAUGAGGGUUAACAAAGGGAAGUAAGAAUAAAGUACACAACAUGACACCCAUCUUUAUCCUCCUACUGCUGCUAUUACAAAUGGGGUGCUUUAAAUAGCAAGACAAAUGUUUAUUUGUAUAGAAAGUACAUUAGUUUAAAGUAGUUUUACAUUUGGUCCUCCUGCACAGCCUGUUAUUGACCAUCAGGUAAUUUUGUGGGCAAAUAAUCUGGCCUUGUGACUAAGAGCUUGGCGUGUGACUUAGUCAUACUAAAUGAACAUUGAACAUCAAUUUGAACAUUGAGACAUAUUGAAUCAGUUGUUGCUGUUUUAUCAUUUAAAAUAUCAACUAGAAAACAUUGACAGAGCUACAUAAAAGUACUUGCUACAAUUUUUGUCCAUGUGUAUUGAUGUAUUGAUGUAUUCUGAUGGCAGUAGGCAAUGACUACAUUUAAUAGAAAUAUUCUUUGAGUGUAUAAUGGCUGAAUUCUAGCCUUAAAUUAUGUGUACAUGAUCUUUAUAUAAUUCAAAAAAUAUUUUUUUUACUAUCACUAAAAUGUAUGAUGGUAAAAAGGGCAUGUAAUUUGUAGACUUUAAAUUUUCCAUUUUGCUUUGCAUCAAUAAAAAUAGGACCUUG